GCAGUGGAAGAGAGGAGACUGGAGACCUAGCUGGAUAACCCAACUUUUUCCACCCGCCGGAACACUGGUAACCCUCACGCCGGCGCAGCCGCAGCCGAGGCGCCAUGAACAACCUCCGGAAGCGCAUGAUCUCCCUUCUCCUCCGGGCACCUGGAUCACCAUACGUCCCUUGCCCCCACUUCUUCCCGCUCUUCUAUCCCCACCGCCUCCUCUCCGCCACCAAAUGCGUCGCUACAAAACCAUUCGCCGUCGAGGACUACCUCGUCGCCACAUGCGGCCUCACCCAAGCACAGGCCCUCAAGGCGUCGAAGCAUGUCUCCCAUCUGAAGGAUCCCUCGAAAGCCGACGCGGUCGUCGCCUUCCUCUCCAACCUCGGCCUGUCCAGCGCCGAGAUCACCGACGUCGUGACCAGGGACCCCAAAGUCCUCUGCUCCGACGUGGAGAGAUCCCUCACCGCUCGCGUCGCCGAGCUCACCGACCUCGGGUUUUCACGUCCGGAGAUCGUCCGCCUUCUCAUCGUUGGCAUGAACCACUUCCGCCAUAGCUCGCUUCGCCUCAAUCUUGAGUUUUGGAUCUCGGUCUUUGGCUCUCUCGACGAGCUCAUUCGGGCGCUCAGAAUUAACGCCGCUCUCCUCAGCACAAGGAUUGAGGAGGUCUGCAAGCCCAACUUGGAGCUCCUUCAAGAGUGUGGUAUAAAUGUUUCUGAUAUCUCCAACAGCUUCAUGUCCCGUGUGCUCACCAGGGACCCUAAGAGCCUGCAGGAAGCUUUGGCUCGCCUUCAUGAGUUCAGAAUCCAGCCGGGCUCUCAACCUUUCUUCCGUGGGCUUUAUACAUUUGCAAUCCUUGGCAGCGGGAAGAUAACCAAGAGCAUUCAGCUGUUUGAGAAGCUUGGAUGGUCAAAGGACCAUAUAGUAUCAGCGGUGAAGAGAGACCCGACUAUAUUGGGUUUCACCGAGGAGAGGGUUCGAAGAAACAUGGAAUUCUUGAUCAGGGUUGUCGGAUUGGAGGUACCAUACAUCGCACGAAGGCCAGCGCUGAUAAAUUAUAGUAUUGACCGUCGGUUGUUGCCACGGAAUUGCUUGAUCAAUUUUCUCAGGGCAAAGGGGUUGUUCAAUGACGAGGCUAGUUUCCUUUCUGUCGCCGCUAUAGGCGAUGAGAAAUUUCGGCGCCGAUACGUGCAUCCUUACGAGGAGGAUUUUCCAGGCCUUGCUGCUGCUUUUGCUUCUAGCUGUGCUGGAGAACACCAAUGGGAACGGCUAUAUAAGAUGACAGGCGAAAAUAAAGAAAGCUGACAAUUGUUCUGGAAAGUACAAUCAGGAACCUGCUGCAAGCCUUGUUUUUCAUCACCAUGGCUGCAGAACAAUCUCUAACUACGUGAUUGGUUGUCUACCCGUGUACAACCGUGCUCUCAACGUGCGUUGACCAGAAUGCGGCCGGUGUUCGGUUUAUUGCGUACACGAGUCUAGGAUUGCAGCUGCAGGGAAGGCUAGAAAUACCUCCUUUUUGACCAGAGUGCGGCCGGUGUUUGGUUUAUUGUGUAGACGAGUCAUCCGCAGCUGCAGGGCAGGCUAGACCUCCUUUAACUGUAUCCGUAGGUACGUAUAGGACAUUUCACUUGGUUACCGGUAUCAUCUCAUUUUGUAUCUGUAAAGUAGAAACUGUGCGAGAAUGAAAAUGAGAACCACUGUUUCUUUAUUGAAUAAAGCAAUGUAUUUAUACAAGGGGAGGAGACACAAAGGAGGGGUCAAAAGCCACGUCCGUACGUGGGGGAUGUGCAGGGGCACGUCCCUUUGGGAGACGUCGGUUGCCACCAGAGAGCAACUGAUUAUAUUUUAUAACACUCCCCCUUAAGCAGUUGUCCAUUAUGUAUAUCCUCCCUUGAAACCUGUAAGCAAAAGGUGGUUUGCAAUAAUAUACUGU